AUGCCGGGCAAGGACUGCUCGAAUUGCGCCACUGGAUUGGGUACUGUAACUUUUGGCCACUAUUUUGUAUAUAAGGCAGAUGCCAAACCACCUUUUAAGGAUAUAUAUCAUCUUACUUAUUGGGCGCGGUGA